AUGGCUCAUAAAUCGCAUCGACAAAAAGCUUUACAAGCUCAAUUGGAAGCACAACCAACACUCUCAUUAGUUUCCACUAAACCCAAGAAACCUACUAAAUCAGUAUCGAUAUCUGAACCCACAGAGUCAAUGGAAAUAGAUGAUGAUGAUGUUUUGAUCUCAAGCUCUACAUCUGGUCCAUCAACCUCAACCUCAAAUAAUGUAGCAGAGGGAUCGGCUUCAACUUCAACUUCUUCUUCUGGUUUCGCACCUUUACCACAAUCAGCAACUAACGGUGUAUUAAAAGGUGAAUUUAGAAGAAUUCCAAUUCCACCACACAGAAUGACACCUCUGAAGAAAGAAUGGGUAAAUCUGUAUACACCAAUGGUCGAUAUGCUGGGUUUACAAGUCAGGAUGAACACACAAAGGAGAGCUGUAGAAUUGAAAACUUCAGGUCAUACAAUCGAUACUGGUGCUAUUCAAAAAGGAGCAGAUUUCGUUAAAGCUUUUUCAUUGGGAUUUGACGUCAACGAUGCUUUGGCAUUGUUGAGAUUAGACGAUUUGUAUCUUGAUUCGUUCGAAAUCAAAGAUGUAAAGACAUUACAUGGUGAUCAUUUAUCAAGAGCUAUAGGUCGUAUAGCAGGUGAAGGUGGUAAAGUGAAAUUCUCAAUUGAGAAUGCAAGUAGAACUCGUAUCGUUUUAGCUGAUACACACAUCCACAUUCUUGGUUCUGUACAAAAUAUCAAAAUCGCAAGAGACGCUAUCGUUUCUUUGAUUCUAGGUUCUCCUCCAGGCAAAGUGUACGCUCAUUUGAAGAUGGUUGGAGCAAGAAUGAAACAAAGGUUCUAG